AUGGCCGCUUCCACCUCAUUUACUGCUGGCACCAUCCCUAUCCUCAAGAGGAACACCGCGGUCCCCACCUCCACCAUCCCCAACAUCCCUCCUCAAGGUCAGCCGCGGGCUAUCAGGGCGCUGAAGAGCAAGAUCGCCGUGAUGGAAGAUGCUCUCGCAGAGAUGCGGAAUGAAGCGCCCAAGAUGCGCAAGUGUAUGGCAUGGAUGUGGGACAUCAUUGGCAAGGAAUGCAUGAAUCACAUUCCAAAGCAGUUGAAGGAUAUGUACCAUGAAACGAUGGUCGUGGACUUGGUGGAUUGGCAGCCAAACGGUAGGGUGAAAGGUGGGAAGGGUAAGGAUGACUUGAAGAAUACAAAGGGUAAAGAGGAGGUCAAGGUCAAGAAGGAGAGGGCGUCUGCUGCCGACAAUGUCCUUGCAGGUGUCAAGCGAAGGGGCGUAUCGCCUCUUGGUAAAGAUGCUAAGAAGAUCAAGUUUGAGCAGAGGGAAGUCUAA